CGCGAGGACCACCGGAGGAGCAGCGGCUCCCUCGAGCAGGCGAGCGAGCCAGCGAGCGUCCCCGCUGCCCGAACCCGGCGGGUGGUGUGGCUGCACUAGAAACAAACGGCCUCCGCGGGCCGCCGCCUCCCGGGGCUCCCGAGGGCCUGUGACCUCCUGCAGCGCCCCAAGUGCAGCAGCUGCCAGCCCCGGGAAACAUCCCACCCCCAGACAAGGGCGGAUUCGCGGAGGAGAGACAAUGCUUAGGACUACAUGGACAGCAGUCUCCUGGACCAUCUGAAUUGUACUUGAACUUUGAGUCAUGACAUCAGGGGCAAACAUCCUGGACCCCAAAAGUGAACUGGAGUUUUUUAACCAAGAAAAUAUGGAGGAGAUCUCCCAACUCGCUUCCCUGGAGAUGUCAGGGGAUGUAGUAGCCAGGAGAAAAUCUUCAGCCGCUGUCCCGGAAAAAUCUAGCUACCCGGACUCCGUGUAUGUUAUGGCAGCGAACAUUUUUCAGGGUAUUCGAAUCGAAAAGUCACCAGACAGAGUCAUAAUAAAGUACGGAAAUCAACCCCUGCCAUCCUGGUCCCAAUCCGAGGAUGAAUCAUUCCAGCGCUUGUCCUAUGAGCUGGCUUUCAGUGCCCUGAAGUAUCAAGAUAUUUUGGAAACUAUGUUAAUAGACAGCUAUAUCUUCCCAAGUACCACAAUACCAGAUCAUUUGAGCAGUCUUAUUAUUGUGAUGCUGUACGAUUUUCAAGAUAGAAAAUUUCAGCCCCGUGUCCUUCCCGAUAAUGAAGAGUCUAUAUCAGAAGUUCAAGAAGUGGAGAGCCUUCUAAACAGCUUUAAGACAAAAUUGGCUGCAGCUUUGGCAAGAUGUCGAAUCAAGCAUGAUGCCCUUUCAAUUUACCACAUUCUACCAGAGACGGUUCGGAAACAGGAGCAAAGGGCUUCUACUCUGCCUCUUUAUGCCUGGAUAAAUACUGGUAAAAUUAGCCCUGAAGAAGUCUAUUAUAAUUUGAGGAGAAAAGGUUAUAGUAAAGUCAAAUCUGUGUUGCAUCUCGAUGAUAAAGUCUUUGCUGUGGAUCAGCAUUGCUAUGAUGUCUUAAUUUUUCCAUCACAUCUCAAGAAAGAUCUUGUAAACAUAGAUCUUUUCAAAGAUUAUAAACUUAUCUUUCAGGACAAAUCUCGAAGUCUUGCUGUCCACUCUGUAAAAGCUUUAUUAAAUAUGGAUGAUGAUAUCUUAAUGGUCAACAUGGGCUCAUGGUACACAGUUGCCCACAUGUCAGUCUUAACCAAUAAUAAUACAUCAAAAAUAUUUGUAUGCGGAAUACAAUCACAAGAUAAGGACCCUGAACUGAAGAAACUUUUUACAAAAAUGGGAUGUCAAAAUAUUGAGAUACUUCAUGAGACAUUUGUCAGCAUUGAAUCAAAGGACCAUAGAUUACAGAAUGUCAAGGUCAUUCUGCUGCUGCCUCGCUGUUCAGGACUAGGUGUUAGUAACCCAGUUGAAUUUAUCUUAAAUGAACAUGAAGAUACAGGGUUACUUCAAGAUCUUUCUCAAGGUGGUUCACCAAAAAGCAAACUCGAGAUUCUGGCUCAGCAGCAGUAUGAACAGCUAACACAUGCAAUGAAAUUUGCUAAAGCUCAAGCAGUUGUUUACUGCACGUGUUCUGUUUAUACAGAAGAAAAUGAAGCUGUUGUUAAGAAAGCGCUGGAAUGUCAAAACCAAGGGGUUAAAGUACAACCUUAUAGACUCAGUCCUCCUGUUCUUCCGCUGUGCUCCUUAAAAGAAAUAAAAUUGUCUAUGGACAAAUUUUUCAGAGUGGAACCAUCUGAUGUUACCAAUGGUUGUUUUCUUUCUAUUUUAACAAGAGAGCGAGACCCAUCCGAGACCGUAUCUGUGAAGGAUGUUCUGGCCCGAGCUGCGGCCAAAGGUCUAUUGGAUGGGGUUGAGGUUGGGAAGACAUCCAAACGGGAGAAGAAGAGGAAGAAAUCCAAAACAUCACUGCCCAAACCUCCUGCUAAUGAUAACAAUGACAUCCAAAUGAAAAUCACUGAGUUCCUGAACCGAGAAAGUAAAGCCAGUACUUCCCAAGGCGAGGCAUUAACAUCAAAAACACCUCUCCCAUCAAAAAAUGUGACUCAAGUGGGCACUUCCUCCCAGGUCAGAAAACCCAUCAAGGCUGCCACCAAUCCUUUAGCAACCACACUGGCGAAGAACACUAUUCCUUCCCGGUCAGAAGAACGGCCGAUGACCUUGAGACGAACUCGGCCAGAAGGCAAAGUGAUUCCUCUGAAAUCCGUGGAGAUUGUUUUGCCUCCAGUGAUGUUCCCGUUCUCAAGUCCUCAGGGGGCCCGAUCUCAGAUGCCAGCAAACCAUUUCUACUGUCGCUUGGUUGGGUCAAAGGCUGGCAUGCCCAGCUAUGUUACAUCAUCAGCACCCAGAAGAGGGGAGAAAACUAAGGAAAACACAACUUCCUCCCUCCUCAAGCAUCCCAGACCAUGGCUUUGACUGUGUGGCCCUUCCUCCAGGCUGGCUGGGAUUUCUUUACGUUUAGAGACUAUUACACAAGAUACUGGGGCUUUUGGUCGCUUAGUAUCUUCUGAUGGCAAUUUUACCUCCAGAGAAUGAAGACAGAUGAGAAAUAAUGGAAGGGAUUGGGUGAGCAAACAAAGGCUUCAUCAGCUCGGUGCUAAUCUGUUUUAGGAUGCCCAGUUGCAGACUGGAUCAGUUGGUAGAACUUGCCUCACUCCUGGGAGUUCUGACGGGUGGACUAAGCAGCUGUCUUACCUGAAGGGAACAGAGUCCACCUUCCAGUAGGUUGCUGUGCAGACUUCAUUGAGGGGCUUGGUACAAAGUCCUGAGAUACAAAUGAUGCUGUCCUAUCCCGCCCACUCCAGCUCCAGCCAGGACACCUAGACUGCUCCUUAGCCAGCCAGGCAGUUACUGUUACUGAAACCUCUUGAAUCCCAAUUGAGGCCAGUUUUUUCCUUAAGCAUCCCACUGUUCCUGAAACAGGGCAUGCCAGAAGGUUCUGUGAUGGACUGAGCUUUGAGUAGGGAGGGCUAGGAAGCACAGGGAAUCUCUUGUGCUAGUCGUGCAUGGCCCAGAUGUCCAUACAUAAAAAAAAAUUUCUGGAGAACAUUCCAGAGUCCAGAGUAGGCUGCACACAAUAAUCCCUGCCUUCUGUUUAUCCACACACUGUUGGGAAAGGACUGUGAGCAAAUUCUAACUAAGCGUUCUUGUUCUGAGAAAGAGGUCUAACUGUUGAACACAAGCAAUGUAUCAUUGAAAAAACUCAAGAUUUCUGAUUCUAUGCACAGAUCAGGUGACACAGCCAAAUGUACAAGUCAUUCCGAUGCACACAGUGAUCAAACCUUGAUAACUCAUUUCUGAUGCACAAUUGAAAUACAUUAUAGCACUAUGUUAAUACAUUAAAUGUCAAUUACUUUUA